UAAAGACUGGGCUCGUGAUCCCUCAAAAUGGUGAUUGCGUUGCCAGUAAAAUCCUGCGUUCGAUCCUUUCACACCACCAGCUGCGUUCACAAGACACUUUCGAAGUGGUACCAAAGUUUAUGGCAACCGAAAAGCAACGAACCGCCCUACGACCACAUCGUGCAGCUGGGCGACCCGGUUCUGCGUGCCGUGGCCAAUCCCAUUCCCGAAAAUGAGCUGAAAUCGCCCGAGGUGCGAUUCCUAGUCAGCCACCUCACCAAAGUGAUGCGAACCUACAAAUGUGUAGGGCUGGCCGCACCACAACUGGGCCUUUCGUUGCGCGCCUUCGUGAUGGAGUUUAAGGACGAACUGCGGGAUCAGUACACAAAGGCGGACUACAAGCUGCGCGAGAUGGAACCGUUGCCACUGACGGUGCUCUUGAACCCGGAACUGCAAGUAAUCGACUAUGAGAAAGUGCUGCACACGGAAGCGUGCGAGAGCAUUCGCGGGUAUCGGGCAGAUGUUCCCCGGUACAGAGCGGUACUAGUGAAAGGAUUCGAUGCGGCCGGACACCACAGAGAGCUGAAAUUGUACGGCUGGAAUGCGCGCAUCGCGCAACAUGAAAUGGACCAUCUUAAUGGGGCCGUUUACACCGACAUUAUGAGCAGGAAAAGUUUGACCUGUACCUGCUGGCAGGCGGUCAAUGCUAACAAGGGGCGCAUAAAACUAUCUUUCUCGAAUAAAUAG